AUGAGCGUCGCGUGCGCCGCUCACGGCGCGGGCGACUUCGUUACGACCAGCGGGAAACUUCUCAUCUCUGGAUUUUAUGGUAAUCGUAAAGAGUGUUGCCGUGUCCGCUUACGAACUCGGCAUCUUUUGAGUUGUCUCUAUAACAUUACGUCACACGUGUCGAGUGGACGCGAGCCCGUCACCGGUCGCAGGAGGUGUCGCUCGCGUCGGCGACGUGUCACCGGUCGCGGUGGCGCGCCGCCUGAUAUGGUGUAUUGCCACGUGAAUGGUGAUGGAUGCAUCGUGCAACUGUGUCCCCCUCACGAUGGACCGACACCGAGUCGGCCAACGUCGCUCGCCAUCUUGGUAUUCAGCACCGAGAUGUAUAAUUCACGUGCUGAUUAUUCUUCUGGGAUGCGGUGUGCGCGUUGUGCAUCUAUUUCGGGAGUCGUUGACCGCGGGAUUGGCACUACGGGCGGCCGGUUCCAUUCUGUUCGUGUCGAGAGUCGUUCCGGGAGCGCCUCGCCCGCCGAACGCCGAUUUCGUGUAAAACUCGGGCGUAUUUCAGGCGAUGACGUAACGCGCGGGAGUGCGUCGUCCCCAGGCGCCGCGAGGGACAUGCCUAAUCGAGCAUAA